GGAUACAACCAGUUCUAGACUGACGGCCACUGCGGUGUCUCUCGGUGAAACGUCUUCUUGAUCGCGAUCCAUUGAUCCGUCGAUCCGAUCUUACUUAAUCUAUCUCGUGACACGCGAUCAAGAGGAAAAACGAAAAAAAAACGAAACGAAAAAAUUAAUUGAAUCGUCGGUGUGUCGUUUCAACAAAAUCAAAUUGGGAUUAGUUCCUUUCUCGCGAGGUAUCGUGAGGUAGGGCUACAAGGAACGCGAUGUCAACGGCUGUAAGGGAGAGGACGAGUACGCACACCAGCAGAAAGAUCGUGAGUCAUGGCGGUCCUAUAUCUGGCCAAAGCCACGGCGCAGUCACGGCCGGCAGUCUCGAAAACAAUUUAGAUGCACUUCUCGAGGAUCUUCAGACUAGCGUCUCGAGAAGUGCCACUCCAAGUCGAAGUGGAAGAGCUCUCUCGCCUCAAGUCGAAUACCGUGUGGCUGCGAAUCCAACUAGAGUGGUCACCGAAGGCAGGACUAUAUCACCAACACGCACUACUAAAACAACCACUGAAAAGUUUGUGAGUACAGUUCCCAGUGGAGCACCCAGUGGUAUACCAGGUUUAGAACUUCUCGAUGCAGAACUCCAAAAUGUUCAACCGGGGCAAAGCAAAACCGUUGCUUAUAAACAGGUUUCCUAUCAGUAUAACAAGAGCAUCGAUGGAAAACCAGUCGACUCAUGGGCAAUGGCAGAUAACGCGAUGAUGAAUACUGCUACACCGAUGCUUGAUAAUAUCCAUGAGAUUACCUACGAAGAGAACAAAACGCAAACAGGACGCCGUAGUCCUGAACCUACCGCUAAAAAGUCUACGGUUAACAGAGAGCUAGUAUUUUCUGAUAGUCCGACACCUCACUCCAUUCAAACUUCACCUCCUCCUGGAACUCAAUAUCGAGAUGUAAAAUAUAUACACGAUUCAUCUAGUUAUCAGGCCGAGUCACGUCCCAUUCAAAAUACAGUGACUACUGUGCAUACGAACAACGGCCAGGAAUACGGAAACGUGGAAUACGUCCCAGUACCAUCGCCAACACCAGCGAUACCGAUCAAUUUGGCACCCGGUCCCAACACGAAAGUAACGACAACCAUAAAAACAUACACCUACGAGUUACCAGGAGCACCAGAGACAUAUCUACCGGGAGGCACAUUGCCAGGAGGCGCCGUACUUCCCGGCGAUCAGACUAUUACCUAUACUCUGCCCAGAACUGGUACCUCUACUACAGAUAAAACGAUCACCUAUCAAACUAUAACCGAGAAUAUACCAGGUGGACCGGGUGGACCAAUCAAAUAUAGUAGUCCACCACCUAUAGAAAUGACGAAAAAAUCAACGGCACUUCACAAAGAGACUAAGUUCUAUCGCGAGGACCAUCAUGGUUUGCCACCUUCGUCAAGUGGAACACUUCCACAGAAUUAUCAUCCAAGCCCGCCACCUCAGACGAAUAUCGAUUCCAGAACAACAAUCAAUAGAAAUGAGAAGUAUUAUCACGUAGAUGGCAAUUUUCCGAAUGGACAAGCACCGUCUGAUGGACCAGAUUAUCCUGGUAACACUACCACUAUCGUUUAUCAAAAUCAACCGCCUAUAAUAAAUGAAACUCACAUGACGACGAUAAAUCGAAUCGAGGAGCAUUAUCCGAGCAGACCACCUUCUGCUGGAAGACAUCCGACGCCAGAUAAACCAGGAACACCUACAAAAACGAACUACUAUCCAGUACCUUCUCAAGGAACUCCACCUGGUACCACUACCGUUUAUAAAUUUUCUAACACUACAACGACAGUACCUCCAAGUAAAAACGCCGAAGAUCACGAGGUACUUCUACCUAAGCCUUUCCCAACAGGAGGUGUACAAGUUUAUCCUGUUAAUGCGAAACCUUCAGGACCUAGUACCGAUCAGCAGGGGCCACCAGCAAGACUCGAAGAUCUUAUGGCUUCGUUCUCCGAUUCCGAGCGUGAGGUACUGGAAGAUAUUGAGAAGAAAGAGAAAGAACAACAAAAGAAAGACUCACCAGCUGUAAAAAAGGAAGUUGAUUUUCUGCCUCACACUCCGCCUAAGGUGAAAAGCAAGAACGUUGCUGGACCUCCAGUAUAUUAUCCUCCUGGUUCAGCUGAGUUUACUAAGAAAGAAGAAUUUGGUGCAGCUAUGUCACAAUCUAGUGGAGGAUGGCAAAAAGGAAGUGCAAAAUACGAAUAUGAGGCAUCUAGCAAGAGUAAAAGUAAAUCCUCUAGUGGGGCAGCAGUUGUACCUGUUUGCCUACCACUCUGUUGUGCCUUACCAUGUGUGAUUAUGUAAUUUAAUUGCAAAGUAACUAUACUGGUAGGGUAUGCUAACAAAAAAAGAAAGAUAAUAUUGUUAUUCGCGUCUUCCACUGUAUGUCCAAAUAUCAACUGAAGGCUUUUUGGUACAUAAUUAAGUAGAUUAUGUUUUUUUCUUCUUGCCAAUAUUUUGAAUAUCUAAUAAUCUUAAUAUAAAUAAAAUACACUUGCUAUUCUGUUUAAUAAAUAGUUAAUGGAUAGAUUACAUGAUUAUGUAUAUUGAGAAAUCAAAUUUAAUUCUCUUAAUAUACAAGUGUAUUUUCAUGUGUCAUUAGAUAAUCAUAAACUAUUUAUUUCUAUUUCCAUUAUAUAGAUACUUUCAUUAAUAAUUAUAAGUUUCUUAUAUUUUCUUACAAUAUCAUAUUUGAUAUAAUAAUAUAUAAUAUAGAAAGAAUUUAUUUUAGUGUAUAAUUGACCAAUUAGCAUCAUGCUAUAUAUGAGAAGAUAUUGUCAUAGAUUCAUUGACUUUAAUCUUUGUAUAAAUUGCUUACUUAUAACAAGUUUAUCUAUGCUCUCUUUGGUAGAAAUAAUAUAUAAUACUAUCUAUAUAUAAAGAAAUUAGAAAUUAUUAUACAGAAAGUUAAUCUACGAUUAUGUGCUACUUAAAAGCAUGCACAUAUGAUUUGUACUACUGUAAAGCAAUCAUAAAGGACAAAUAAAUAUAUGGGUUGACGUAUAA